AUGGAGUACAAGCUGGCAGUGGAUUCCACCAAGAAGGCCACGGAGCUCCCGCUAUUGAGGGUAUGCGGCACCGUGCAGCAGAAUCCUCACAUGCGGGCUUUCUGGGCCAGUACAAUAUCGUUCUUCCUUGCCUUCCUGGGCUGGUUUGCCUUGGCGCCCUUGGGCCUCGAAGUUGCGACCAGCAUGGGGACGUGCGAGAACCAGCUCUUCCCUCCUACGGACUUCCCAAC